AUGGCGAAUCAACAUUUCUUCAAGCCUCUUCUUCCCGGCUUCCACAGCCACUUGAAAAUUCCUGUAGCCUUCUUCUCCAAGCAUAUAGAAGGAAGAAAUGAGCAUAAAAACACGGCGAAGCUGAGAUCAGACACGUCGGAGAUAACCUGGAAAGUGAAGAUAGAAGACGGCCUGAAACUCACUGAAGGUUGGAAAGAGUUCGCUCUUGCACAUGAUCUACGAGUUGGUGACAUUGUCGUUUUCAGACAAGAGAACGACAUGGCUUUCCACGUGACACUGUUCGGACCCAGUUGCUGUGAGAUACAAUAUGGAUCGUGUUUGGACGACAAGAACAAGCUUGUGGCGAUUCAAAGCAGCAAGAAGAAAAUGAAGAAUACAAAAAGAGAAGCAGAGUCUAGUACACUAGAGCCAUCUUGUUAUGUGGCUAAUGUCACGCCUUCAAGCCUGCGUUAUGACAUGCUGAAUAUUCCAAAGAGUUUUGCAAGGGCUAAUGGUAUAGAGUCAAGAAGUGGAGAGAUUGUUCUGAUGAAUGAAAAGGGUACUUCGUGGACUUUAAUUUUGAAACGAAAGAAUUCAUGUGGAACUAUGUAUAUCACACGAGGAUGGAGACGCUUUUGUGGAGCCAAUGGACUUAAAGCUGGAUGUUUCUUCACUUUCAAACUGAUACAAAGAGGAGGAACUCUUGUUCUACAUAAGUCUCCCUCCUCCACAGAGUCUGAAGAUAGCUCAGAAGGUGAUGAAAUAGCGCCUCUUUCCACAGAAUCUAAAAGCUUCAAGAAGACUAGUUCUAUAUGGAAAGCAUCAUCUUCAUCAUUCCAAAACCUGUUUGUGACCUUAACUCUCAAACCUUACGAAGUUGAAAAAUCUACACUGUAUCUUCCUGUACAAUUUACCAGGAGGCAUAGCAUCAAUGAGGAAACUAAAAUGAGACUGUUGGACAAAAACGGUGUCAAGUGGUCUACGGAUCUGAGGUCUGAGAAGAGAAGUGACAAAAUAAGACUGGUAGGGGGUUGGAAAGAGUUCUUCAAAGCUAAUUGUGUGGAGAUGGGCGAAUCGAUCAUUGUGAAGCUGAUUUGGGAUGGAGACACAAGUUGUGUCCUUAAGUUCUGCUCUAAGGUGAAGCAAGAGACUAGAUGA